AUGGGGAAACCUGCCUGCAGUGAGAGCCCAGGGCAGCUAGAAAACCCCAGCUUCUUCCUUCGAGCUCUCUUCCUCCUCCUGUUCUGCAGGCAUGUUUCUUCCCAGUGCAAGAUCCUGCGCUGCAAUUCUGAGUACGUGGCUGCCACCCUCAACCUACGUGGCUCCAACAGGAACGCAGCGUACUGCAACGCUCUCCGCUCCUACUCCCACUGCACCCGCAAGACGGCUCGCACGUGCCGGGGCGACCUGGCCUACCACUCCGCCGUCCACGGCAUCGAGGACCUCAUGAUCCAAAACAACUGCUCCAAGGAGGGUCCCACAUCACCGCCCCGACCCCGGCCCCCGGCCCCCAACCAUCAGGGCUUUGAGUCUCUCGAUAUCUGCAACUACGAGAAGAGUUUUCUCUACAAGCAUGGCCAGCCCCCCAGCUACCAGCACUGCGCAGCUUUCGGUGACCCCCAUAUCCGCACUUUCCAUGAUGACUUCCACACUUGCCGAGUGGAGGGGUCCUGGCCUCUCUUGGACAAUGACUACUUGUUUGUGCAAGCAACCAGCUCUCCGGUGGCAAAGGGGUCCAACGCUACGGUCACUAGCAAGCUCACCAUCAUCUUCAAGAACAUGAAGGAAUGCAUCGACCAGAAGGUCUACCAGGCUGAGAUAGACAACCUCCCAGCAGCCUUUGAGGAUGGCUCGGUGAACGGGGGUGAGAGGCCGGGUGGGAGCAGCUUGGUUAUCCGGGAGCGCAGUCCCGGGCAGCAUGUAGAAAUCCAGGCGGAGUACAUCGGCACCACCAUCGCUGUCCGUCAGGCCGGCCGUCAGCUCUCCUUCUCCAUCCGGGCAGCCGAGGAGGUGGCACGCGCCUUCACGGAGGAGCAAGACCUGCAGCUCUGCGUGGGAGGCUGCCCCCGCAGUCAGCGCAUCUCCCGCAGCGAGUGCUGCCGCAGCCGCAUGGCAACUGAGAUGGCCCGGGCACUCUGCAAGGAAUUGUUGCCCGUGGAGGAUGUCUACUUCCAGUCGUGUGUCUUUGAUGUGGUGACCUCGGGGGAUGCCAACUUCACCAUGGCAGCUCACGGGGCCCUGGAGGAUGCCAGGGUCUUCCUUCCCAAUGCUGAGAAACUGCACAUCUUCCAGGCUGGGGCAGGCUGCCCAGACAUCUCUUCUUCUUUCCUCCUCCUCCUCCUCACCUCUGGUCUUUGGGCUGUUUUGUUGCACUUUUAACUCUCGCUGGCAUUGCAUAGAGCCAGUCCACAGGGGUAACGCGAGAGAGCUGCUGACUCAAGUCCCAUGCCUUGCAGAUCAAGAGGGUUGCCUUACCUAGGAUCAAGUGUCUCUGUGGCAAUAAGGAAUCAGAGACCCAGACCUUUGGAGAGGGGAGUGCUGCAGAUGAAAGACUGCGAGACACUGGCUUGCAUCCACUGUUCUCGCACGUACAGCACCAAUUGAACCUGGUUCCUCUCCUGAAGGCAGAUCACGAUUUUUUCUGUUGGAUUUGGAUGCAUUUCUUUUUUCUAAAGAUGAGGA